AUGGAUCAUCCACUCAAGAAGGCGAUGAACAAGUUGGAAGCCGCAGGACGAUUGAUUCAAUGGGCUAUAGAGCUAAGUGAGUUUGAUAUUAGGUAUCAACCUAGGAAUGUAAUAAAGGCUCAACCUCUGUUAGAUUUCAUUGCGGAAUUCACUCCAGGUCAUGGUGAUCUAGACGAAGGGAAAGAGGCUAAGACAUGGAUCGUCCAUGUAGAUGGGUCAUCUACACUAUAUGCAGGAGGGAUAGGAGUUGUAUUGCGAUCCCCAGAAGGAGAUAAGCUAAAGUAUAUGGCUUCAUUUCUUAAAGGGCUAGAAUUGGCUAAGUCCUUAAAGGUGAAGUCAAUAGUUGUCCAAGGAGACUCUCAGUUAGUCAUGGGCCAAGUAAAUGGAACAUGUGAGGCAAAAGAAGAACAGAUGAAGAAGUACCUUAGUAAGGUGAAACACCUUAUUAAGAAGUUUAAGGAAGCCAGUUUCUCUCAAAUCCCAAGGGAGGAAAACAUGGAAGCAGACACCUUGGCAAAGGCAGCAUCUACAGACAGAUGGGUGGAUGAGCUUGAUGAAGUCCAAUAUAUGACUAGUAUAGAUCUUCCAGAGGUGCAACAAAUAGAAGGUGAAGAUAAUUGGAUGACCCCAAUAAUGGCUCACUAA